AUGGUCGGUCCGCCUCCCACAAACGCAGGCUUCACAGUCAACACCAUGUUCGACGAUUUCUCCCGGCAACUUGCCGCCGUCAGUUCGAGGCGUCACUCGAGAGGAUCGGCGUCUGGAAGCCAGCGGGCGGGCCACCCGAUGAGAAUAACCAAGCCCGGGAGUGCAAACAACAGUCCUCACUCUGCCAUCUUGCAGUCACGGAGGAAGACAUUUAUCGGCGAGGGUCUUCAGGGUCGCCUCCCGCCACAGCAUGCCUUUGAUAUGCACUACCUACCCACUCCAACUUCGGAGACGCAGAACGGGCCGCUUUUCGAGCAAGAAAGGAAACAGGCCCGCCCCGUCAGCUGGCAUCCAAGCUCGCAAUACCCACCGCGGCAGCCGCCACAGCAGCAGCAGCAGCAGCAACAACAUCAACAGCUUUACCCCAUCCAGACGAAUAUGUACUAUCCAUACCAGCACUACGGCGACGGGGAAACGAUUUCAAAUGUGCAGCAACUGCCGCCAACACCCAUGCCCUAUUCCGGCUACACGUCACCGUCGUUGAACUUCUCGCCGCUGUCUCUACCAUAUUCAAGCUUUGGUUCGCAGCAGGUAUGCUCACCCAUCAACCGGGCGUUUCCUAUCCAGCAAGCGCCGACGUUUCCGCCAGCCUACGUCUCGAGUCGCGAAUCCGAAGGCGCGAUGUCGGAGACUGCGUGCCGGCCUGGGCCGAGGGUGGUGGAUGGCACCUUGGACUGGGAAUCUUUUGCAGCUCGAGGUGGCUUCGACAGGGAUACUGCUCCGCCAACGCCCGAGGAUUUUGUUCAAGCCCAGAAGGUGGAGACGAAAUUGGCCACGGAGGACUCCAUUCCUUACCAACCUCUCGAAGAUGAUGAAUCGGAAGGCGAGAUUCUGUACGGCAUGGGACUUUAUGAUGCUCCGGACAAGACAGCCACGAACCCGAUUCUGGACCUCCAUAGGUCGACCAUCUUCUCGCUACUCGGGGGCGCUGGCUCGUAUCCAGAGCCGACUGGGAAGGGUCUUAAGCUUGAGGAUGCCUGGGAGCCUCCCGCAAGUGACGACGAGGACGUAGAGAGUGAGGACGAUGCAGAUGACGACGAACAGGACGAAUAA